AUGGUGAAUGAAGAUCCCAACCAACAGGAGUGCGAUGGCACCCCUGCGCAGGAGUCCGCAGUCCGGGCGGACCCCAGCGUCUCUGCGGACCCCAGUGUCUCGGUCCAACCCAGCGUCUCGAUGCACCCCAGCGUCUCUGCGGACCCCAGCAGUUCGGCCCACCCCGGUGGCUUGGCCCGCCCCAGUAGCUCAGGCCCCGAAGACCUUAGCGUGAUCAAGGUGAGCAGGCGCCGGUGGGCGGUGGUCCUGGUGUUUAGCUGCUACUCCAUGUGCAACGCUUUCCAGUGGAUCCAGUACGGCUCCAUCAAUAACAUCUUCAUGAACUUCUACGGGGUUAGCGCCUUCGCCAUCGACUGGCUGUCCAUGUGCUACAUGCUAACCUACAUCCCUCUCCUCCUGCCUGUGGCCUGGCUGCUGGAGAAAUUCGGCCUGCGCACCAUCGCGCUCACCGGCUCUGCUCUCAACUGCCUGGGGGCCUGGGUGAAGUUGGGCAGCCUGAAGCCACAUCUCUUCCCAGUGACGGUGCUGGGCCAGGUCAUCUGCUCUGUGGCCCAGGUCUUUAUCCUGGGCAUGCCCUCCCGCAUCGCUUCCGUCUGGUUUGGGGCUAAUGAGGUUUCAACAGCCUGCUCCAUAGCUGUCUUUGGCAAUCAGCUUGGAAUUGCGAUUGGGUUCUUGGUCCCUCCUGUUUUGGUACCCAACAUCGAAGAUCGGGACAAGCUUGCCUACCACAUCAGCGUCAUGUUCUACAUAAUAGGAGGUGUAGCCACUCUGCUUUUCAUCCUUGUCAUCAUUGUAUUCAAGGAGAAGCCUAAACAUCCCCCCAGCAGGGCCCAAUCCCUGAGCUAUGCCUUGGCGUCCCCUGAUGCUUCAUACUUAAAUUCCAUCGCCCGACUCUUCAAAAACCUCAACUUUGUGCUGCUUGUCAUCACCUAUGGUCUGAAUGCUGGUGCUUUUUAUGCCUUGUCCACUCUGCUGAAUCGCAUGGUGAUCUUGCACUACCCGGGGGAAGAAGUGAAUGCUGGAAGAAUUGGCCUGACCAUCGUCAUUGCAGGAAUGCUCGGGGCCAUGAUCUCGGGCAUCUGGCUGGAUAGGACCAAAACCUACAAGGAGACAACCCUCGUGGUCUAUAUCAUGACCCUGGUGGGCAUGGUGGUGUACACAUUGACCUUGAACCUGGGACACCUGUGGGUAGUGUUCAUCACCGCUGGCACAAUGGGCUUCUUUAUGACUGGCUAUCUCCCACUGGGAUUUGAGUUUGCUGUGGAGCUGACAUACCCAGAAUCAGAAGGCAUGUCGUCUGGCCUCCUCAACGUGUCUGCUCAGGUAUUUGGGAUCAUCUUCACCAUCUCCCAGGGCCAGAUUAUUGACAACUAUGGGACCUUGCCCGGGAACAUCUUUCUGUGUGUGUUCCUCACCCUUGGAGUAGCCAUCACUGCAUUCAUUAAGGCAGAUCUCCGGAGGCAGAAAGCGAAUAAGGAAACCCCUGAGAAUGUGAGUAUGGGGGAGCUUGCUGGGCAGAGUUCUGGGUUCUGGGCAUUGCUGAGGAUGUGGCAGCAGGGGUGGGGGUUGGGGGAGCUCCCGAAGUGGACUGGUUUCGUGGUGGCUGUGAAACCAACUCAACUCACAAACAUGGCGCCCAGAGAGUUUCCUCAGUGGGUGUUUCAGCACUGCUUUUCUGCUGCUCUUUCCCGGGCUCUUUUCCCACUUCCUGCCCUUCUCCUGGCCUCCCUGCUCUGGUCCCCAGAGCACAUCACUGUUGUCACAGUCUGCUGAGUAGUGUCCACCCCAGAUCCUGACACAAGUCCUGAGGCCCUGGCUCCGCUGCUUUCAGCCUGGGGUCAGUGGCUGGAGAGCAAAGGUGGAAGCCAGGCUCGACCAUUCUGUCCUGGUGGUGAUGGCCCCAAGGCAGUGGCUCUCCUGGCAUGUGACGACCCCUUAGGCAGUGGGAUGGAGAUGGAGGGACUAGAGCCAACGGAUUUCCAGUAGGGCUUUAAAAGGACAGUUCAGGAAGUAGGAGCAGUUGGUGGUAGAAGGGAAGAGGAU